UUGAGUUCUUUUCCCUGUCUUUUCGUCCUACCCAUCCUACCUUAACAAGCUAGAGAAGUAGUAUCAGCUCCAUAGUGUUACACUGGGUUCCCCCAGGGACAAACCUGCUUCCCCAUCCUGAAUGAACCAUCGCUUCUCCCCUAGUUCACGUUUUCCUUGCUCUUUAAAUGUCUCAGUUCUUGUCUGGGAAUUCAGAUAUACUGUCAGUUUCUUCCCUGAAGAAGAUGUCAGCGUUCUCAGACCAACUGCCCUAAUGUGGAGUUUAGAGGUCAAAGACCAUGUCUGUUUACAUGGUCCCUAUCUAUCUAUCUAUCUACCUAUCUUCCCUCCACUAACAACAACUGCACUCCAAGGGAAUGGAGCCUUGGAAGAGGAGCUGUAAUGAGGAAUUAGGUCAUUCCAGAAAGAUGAGGAUAUACAGUAUCUUUACAUUCAUGGCUUACUGUUGUUUACUGAAAGCAUUUACUAUCACAGUUCCCAAGGACCUGUAUGUGGUAGAGUAUGGCAACAAUGUGACAUUGGAAUGCAGAUUUCCAGUAGACAAACAAUUAAACCUGUUGGCAUUAGUUGUUUACUGGGAAAUGGAGGAUAAGAAAAUUAUUCAGUUUGUGAAUGGGGAAGAAGACCUGAAUGUUCAGCACAGUAGCUACAACCAGAGGGCCCUGCUGUUGAAGAACCAGCUCCCCUUGGGGAAGGCUGCACUUCAGAUAACAGAUGUGAAAUUGCAGGAUGCAGGGAUUUACUGCUGCUUGAUCAGCUAUGGCGGUGCCGACUACAAGCGGAUUACUUUGAAAGUCAAUGCUUCAUACCGCAAAAUCAACCAAACAAUUUCUGUGGAUCCAGUCACCUCUGAACAUGAACUAAUGUGUCAGGCUGAGGGUUACCCUGAGGCUGAAGUCAUCUGGACAAGCAGUGACCACCGAGUCCUGAGUGGCAAAACCACCAUUACCAGUUCCAAGAGGGAGGAGAAGCUUUUCAAUGUGACCAGCACACUAAGAAUCAACACAACAGCUAACGAGAUUUUCUACUGCAUUUUUCGGAGAUUAGGUCAUGAGGAAAACAGUACAGCUGAGUUGGUCAUCCCAGAACCAUAUCCAGAUCCAGCAAAAAAGAGGACUCACUUCGUGAUUCUGGGAGCUCUCCUGUUGUUCCUUAGUGUAACCCUGACAAUCAUCUUCUGUCUAAAAAGAUGGUAUUUCCUUUAUUGUAAUAUGGGAGUGAUGGAUAUGGAAAAAUGUGGCACCCGAGAUAUGAACUCAAAGCAGCAAAAUGAUACACAAUUUGAGGAGACGUAAUCCGACGUUGAAACUUCUGAUCUUAAAGCAGGGAUUCUCAGCCUGUGGUUUGAGUUCGUCAGGGCUAGGCAUGACCAGAGGCAUGCAAUGGGCCAGUGGGCUGCAGACGAUGUAGAACUUAAAAGGCCCAAGCUCUGAAAAUGGAAGCUGGGAAAGAAGAAGAGAACAAAGGAAGAAGGAGUAAAAAAGGUAGCCUUAGCCUGGAAGGAAACCUUGGUACUUCAAAAUGACCGGGAGACUCAUCAAUGCAUAUGAAAAGGAGAAAGGACACUUCUGAAUGAUAAAUCUCCAUGCAAAUUAUACAUCACUCAUCCUAGGAAAACAGGUUGAGAUUCCCUGAUUUAAUGGUCAGUUCCUGCAGAAGUGCCCUUUGCCUUCACUCAGUGUUGAUUUGUCUUCUGGGUAAUUGAGAGUCCCAAUGUUGCAACAGUACUUAAGUAUGAGUUAUUUUUAUUUA